AUGUCUUCGGUUCAGUUCACGGCACUGAUACGCCUUCCGUUUAUUCGGGGCGACUUUGAAGAUCCGCCACAAGCACAAUGGGAUGCCGAGAAAGAUCGGCAACUCUGGAAAGUUAUAUCCAAGUCGUCAAAGACUAGUGAUUUGAACUCGGACAAGUUCCAGGUUCCGCCCACCUUUCUUCUGCAGCAAGCAGCAUGGUUGUACGAAAGACAUCUUGACCAUGUUCGAAACCAGAUGAAGAAGGUCAGCAUCACGAAUGCUGUUCCGUCAUCACCUACAGUCGGCAGUACCAUGACUGCUGUAGGUGGUGUUGCCAUGCGAAGAGGCGGUAGUGCCGGGUCUGGAGCUGGAAGGACACCAUCUGUCUUGGCCGGGCGUUCGAGAGAAAGCCCUAGUUUGCGUAACGCAGAGGUGGCGACCCCUGCCCCUUCUCUUUCAAGGACACCCUCUACGACUACAAUCACUCAGUCUCGAGCACAUGCUCAGGCACCCGCCCGAACACUGUCUACUAGGUCUACCCAGCGUCCCAAUCUGACAAGCCGCAAGUCAGAGGAAAGGACUCAAGCCUCAAAUUUGCCUCACCCAGGUUACCGCAAUGAUGGGGAUGUCUCACCCGACAUCCCGGAGUCAUCAUCUUCAAGUUCAUCCUCUUUGUCGGAUGCGGACCAUCCAGUUCACCGCAGUCAGUUGUUUAAGAGACCUCCUCGUUUCCAACAGAAGCGCCCACGAGAUCUUGCUACGUUCGAUGAAGGCGACGGUGCUCAAGAGUUCGAUGAGUCUGGCUCUCAUGAGACGAGUUUGCCCUUUGCGUCUGCAGCAAGAACGCAGCCAAGUAGUAGCAAAUUUGCACAGGACGCACAGUUUCGCGGUAGUACUAAAUCAGAGCAAAAGGCCGUGCUCCCCCAUCGCUCCAGGACCGAUCCACCAUCGAGACAAAAGUCAAUUGAUGUACAGUCUCUUACUACUGAGACAGCGUCAUCAAUGACCAGCUCAGGAGGGCCUCCAUCGGCAGCGAAGAGUCCUAUGAGUCCACCUCUAGGUCACCGUGCAGCGUUAGGUCGGCUUGGUAGCCCGAGGAGUGGUGGACCACGAUCUAGAAAAGAAGGUAGUGAAGGUACCCCCAGCAUGGGAAGCAGCUUCAGUGAUAUCGAUGAUGCUGGAAUUAGUGAGUCGGCUCUCGAGGAAGCGCUCCUGAGCAACAUGCAACAUGGGCGAAUGAGCACAUUGAGCCGCAUGUCGAGGUGGUAG